UUUGCGUGCGUACUACCAUCGUCGUCGUCGCCGUCGUGCCAGCCAGCCGCCCGAGUGCUGCCCGACAAUCGUCUCGUGAAUUCGGGCAAGUGCACACGCGCGUAUCACUCUCUCUCUCUCGCGAUCCGCCGCCGCCGCCGCCGUCGUCGUCGUCGUCGACCCGCCCCCUCCGAAAUUCCGACAAAAAUUCGCGAUCGACGACGAUCGUAAUAUUUUCACGUCGGGGCUCAGCAAGCGCGGACGUGGAAUAAUUCGCGAGCGCUCGUCCCACGAGAUAUAUAUAUAUAUAUAGGUACGCCGCCGAAUAAUAUCUAUACUAUUACUACCCCCCAUCCCCAUACUUCGCACCUGCAGCUUCAGCAGCAGUCACACACUGUCAUCUGCCCGCCGACAAUAUUAUACGCAUAUUCGUACCUGGGCCGACCAGACCUACCCAUCUACAACCCCUUGCACAGAAUGACACCCACAAUACAAUGUUUUGACGACCAAUCAAUGCAAAUUCCACCUGCUUCGGUUCUAUGCAAUAAUAUGUUUUUUCAAGAAAAUCACCACCAGCUGACGUCUACCUCCGAUAAAACGAAUUCAAGGCCUGAUGUUCGAACUAACCAUCAAUGGACCCCUUAUCUAAGGAAUCGCCAUUCAACGUUUAGUAGUAAAAGAAACAUCUCCUACGCUUCAGCAUUAAAGCCGGAGGACGUGAAGAGGUUACUGCGACGGGAUAACGAAUCACCGUCUGUGGCGACGGCGGCGGUCACCGAAGAGCAUUUGAACGCGAUACGCAAGAGACAAGCUCUGUUGCUAGUCACCAUCCAGACGAUGACACUGUUCCACCACAACCAAAUAUUGGAGCAUAAGCUGUCGGCGUUACACAGGAAGGUAGUACAGGUCCAGAACAGGCAGAGGCAGAGGAACAUCAGAUCCGCCGUCGCUGAGGAAUAAUAAUAUUGCUGUAAUCGUCGUCACCGUACACAUAUUAUGUAACAUAUGAUGAAAAGGAAGAGGACGAAAGAGACGUCAUUGGCCACGGCAGUCACUUCGGGCUAAAUUUUAGUCUAAAUUACGGUAUAACGGACAACACAUGCAUACACACACAUACCACUCGCACGUAAAAUAAGGAAUUAUUGUAUCUAUAGGUCGAUUAUAUUAUAAUUUAAUUAUUCAUACAAUUGUUAUUAUUAUUAUUAUUAUGAGUAAUAGAAGUAAAUAUAGGUACCUACUACCUACCUAUUCGUUUAUAUGAAGUGUAUGUUAUACUUAUAAUAAUAGUUUUUACCGUGCGACGAUGUUAACUGUUAAGUAUUAAAUAUUAUUAUGAUCUAAUAAUUAAUAUAUAUUGUACAUAGAUAUAUUUAUGUUAUAAAAACAUCAGGUAGUGACGAGUAUCGUCGAACACUACUAUAUACGCGCGUACCAGUGAUAUUUGUAACGAACAAACUACAUUUUAAUCGGUAAAUUUGUAUUACUAUAUAUUAAUCUAGACUGAACUAAAUGUUUAAUAAACCAAAUACCAAUGAGCAUUUAUAAGUUAGGAUAUUCUGUAGGCACAUCGCCGCUACCACUCCGUGGGAUUUACAUGUUAAAUUCGAAUUUUCUAUAUUGUAUACCGAAUAUAAUAUAUGUUAUUCUUAAAUAAUAAUAAUAAUAAUAAUAAAAUAAAUGGAAAUGGCCUCCAGAGAUUUAUAAUGCAAUGGCAACGAUAUUCAUGUAUUAUACCAUUUAUAUCAGUGGAUUGCGUGAUCUGGAAAUGCCGAACCAAGUCCGUUUACGUACUAAACAUGCCUGAAG